CAGUUGCAACAAGGUCUUCAAGCGCCAAGACGCUCGCCUGAAACAUGUCAGGAAGCACCAUCCUGAACUUGCUUCUGAUCCUGUACCGAGACCGGAGCAACGCAAGGGACCCAAUACCCUGAUACAGCACCAGUUUGAUCAGAACUACGAGCUCAACAACGUGGGCUCCAGAUUCGAGCAAACCAGUCGGGCGGGGCAGGCGCAGGAGGGUCGUCCAAGUCGAGGAGCUACACCAAGAACUAGCUCUUUCUGACAGCCAUGUACUCUAAGGCCAGAUAUUUCCUUUGUCUUGACGGGUUUCAAAACUUUCCAAUCCCAAAAACAUUGUGCUUUUAUGGUUCGGCGAGCUGCAUAGGCGAAGGCAACGUCUUGGCAUGUUGGAGUGGUAGCGCGAUUCUAAGCCGCAACACCUUCUGCCUUCGGCAACAAGGAUCGACAGACCAUGACUGGUGGAAAAGUUGUUCUGCUUCGCUUUCGUUGUUUUUUUAUUCUGGGCUGUGCUGCGACUACUGCAUUGGUGUUGACAGAGGAUGGUGCAAGCCAAACAUCAUCAUCGCAACACUUUGUGGUGCUUGUAGAGCGGUUAGGCUAAUGGGCGUACGGCGUCUGGCGUUUCUCCUUCCAUACGUUGGGGUGGGAUGUCGCUUCCUUUGGAUAGUUUGUGCUUCCGCAUGUGGUUGGCGUGGGGUAUCUGCAGCUACAAGGCAAACGAGGGGGACGCCGGUCAGUGCAGGUUGUGACUGCAACUGUCUUCAAGCCUCUCAUGCAGUCAAGGCUCUAUUUCUUGUACUCUUGUCGUCUUUGUUCGCGGUAGCUUCCGAGUCGAAUGUGGUGUGAGGUGAGGUGGAAGACUUCAGGGUGUGGUCGAGGCAAGGACGUCUGAAUAAGGGAUGAGCAAUGGACUAGCGAAAGCGGAGAUUACUGGAGCGGACCAAACUCCUCGUGAUGGCACGGACGACACGUCUUCAGCGACACAUCGCCACACCCCACACUGAUCAGCUGUCAUCGCCUGACUAC